UUGCCAUCGUCCUGGUCAUCUUGGUCAGCUCCGACCUCCUUCUUCACAAUGAUGUCAUCCACCUCUCCAGUGGCCUCGUCCUCAACACGGAUAAUGGCAGCGGCUGUUAAGAGAGUUUCAGAGGGGAGGGGGCAGAAAAAGGCGAGGCUCUGUUGUCAGAUCUGUCAGUCUAGCCGGGCCAGGCCCCUCCCACCUCCGCGGAGGCAUUACAUACUGCUGGUGCUUGUGCUCUUAGCAACGGUGCCUCAGCAACAGAGCCACGGCAACAGAGCUCCACGGCAACAGCGUGCCGUGUCUCCCCAAUGGAGCUGCCAUUGGGCGGACCAGCGCUCAGGCACUACACCCAGAGCAGACCGAGACCUCACCGACAAAAACUGAACUAUCGUCCCAGCAGACCGCAGGAGACAAUACUUGAGAGUGAAAAUGAAGUCCUUGAGCUCAUGGGGCGAGUGGAUGAAGGAGUUGAAGAGUUCUUUACUAAGAGAGUACUUCCCACUGACACACUGAAAAAGCAAGAUGAGGAAUCUAUCACAGUGCAUGAAGUGGCUCCUGCCAGCUCUGUCCCUUGUCCACCACCAACAAAAACACUCAGGAGGAAGCUUGGUGAUUUCUUCACACUCAAAAAGAGGCGAGGUUUGAAAUCAGAGACGAGCCAUGAGGGGCGGCACAAAAAGGCCUCCAUUGCUGAUCUCAUCCGCCCGCUCAGGGAGGUCGCCAGAGCUGAGAAAGAAAAAGAUAAGGACCGAGUGAAGGAGCAUGACAAGGAAAAUGAAAAGGAGAAAACGAAGGAACAACCCAGUACCGUUACUGGAGAGUCAGCUGUUCAGGAGACACCUGUUUCUGGUGCUCCACCACUGAGAGGUGAAGCGGCGCCUCCCCGCCGAGCUCUCAGGGAGGGGAAGUCCCAGUCUCUGAUUUUGCUGUCUGGAUCAGCGGCAGCAGGGACCACUAAUGCCAGAAACACUGCAAAGAAACAAUUCGAAGGCCAACAUAGCUUUGAGCAGAAACUCCAUCUCAUGCUUCAGCGUAUUGGAGUUUCCAAACCCCAGCCAGGAGAGACACAGAAUCAAGAGGGAGAAAUGAAAAAAGCAGAAUCUGAAGGUACUAUCAUUGACAGUAAACCCGAGCCACCUCCUACUUUCUCAAAACCUCGAACGAUGUCUGCGUCAUCAGAUACAAGGCAUCAAAUUCGACCAAGUGUGUCAGCACACGAGUCAGCUGGGAAACCUGCGUUGCUUCCAAAGCCAGUUAUCAAGCCAGGUCCACCCCCCACAACAUCUGGCCGCAACACACCUGAGAAUGAACUAGCCCAAAUACAGGAAGGGGAGACAGCCACGCCCACUAAACUCAGUCCAACUGCAGCUGCGUCUCCUCCCGCUGCUCCCGCCUCUACUGCUACCACCACUCCGACUGUACCGACAAUCUCAAACUCAGUCCCUGACUCAGCCAGUUUUACAAUUUCCCCUUCAAGUACUGUAACUCCAUCUGACACAGAUAUAUGCACUGACUCUGUUAAAACUACUGCAGCAGCUACAACACUCACAAAUGUUACAGAGCCUGACAGCAAAACCUCUGUCCCUGAGGCUAGUGCAACUACCACUGAACUGCCCACCUCUACCUUCCAAGCAACCCUUCCAAGCACCACUACACCCACAGAGCCCCCCGCCACUGUCUCAGUUACUUCUACUUCCUCUGAGUCCAUUACUCCAAGCCCCUCUGUCACUUCCAGCUCGACAACAGUAACUUCCAUUACCACCUUGGAAACUGUUUCCGCUCCCAGCAAUGAAAGCUCAGUUUCCACAACAUCAACAAAUCUGUCAACUAAAUCGACUUUGCCAGAGCCAAAUGGUAUUCUCUCAGUUGAUGCUUCUCCUGCUGCUGGUGGUGAUGCAGCGAUCUCUGUCAUAGCCACUGCUUCCUCACCCUCCACCAGCAUAUCAGAUACACCAUCAGGCUUGUCUACCACCACCACCAGUUCAGUUACUGCGGCUAGUGAUGAUUCCACCCCAGUCACCACCACAAGCUGUGUAAGUUCAAUUUCAUCAGUCCCUGAAACUACAUCUACAACAUCUGACUCAAGUGAUACCAUUACAGCUGCAUUUUCACCUGACGCCCCUGUUAUCACUUCCUCCACCCUGUUCUCUGCUGCCCUUCCUCCCCCCAACUCCACACCCUCCUCCUCCAUCACCACCGCUACAAGCCCAACAUCCACCGACUGCAUGAACUCUGUCUCUGCUUCCACCAUCACUCGCUCAGUCAUUCCUAUCCCCACCGACAUCCCAGUUCCCUCCACUUCUUCCAGUGAAACAACCCCUACAGGCACCACUUCCACAGCUACCAGUUUAAAACAUGCAGACACCACUUCCACCAGCAGCUCAGCAGCCACAGCUGCACUUAGCUCCACACUCUCGACUGACUCAGACCCACCUAACAAUGUCAGCACCACCCCUGCAGCCCCAGCUAUCUCUGCCCCCCCUGCUGCUGAUAACUCAAGUGCCACUUCUGACCAUUUGACCAGUCCAGCACACUCUAAUGAUAGUCCAGGCCAGGAUAAUGAUUUACAGACAUCUCCUGAAGAAAGGCCCAGAGCAGAACCUGCGGAAAAGGGGACAGCAGCACAUGAGAAGCUUGAGAUGCUUCAAAGGAGCAAGCAAACUGAGAUGGACGAGAUCAAGGAAGUUGUCGAUGCCAGGAAGAAGAGUGAGAAGGAAAAACCGAUGCUCGUCAGCAGCGAAGACACAAGUAAAGAAGUGCAGGGAGCAAGUGUGAAAGCUGAAGAAGACACAAAGGCUGAACCUCCAUCAGGCAAAGAGGGUGAGCGACAUAGCGAUGGGGGAGUGGUAGAGGGUCAAAAACAAGAAGAAACUAAGUCAGUGAGCGAGAAGUAAUUAAAGAAUAAAGAAAUUGCUAAAUACGGGACCAACUACUGUGACAGGGGCAGGAGAGGCCACAGUAAAGGGUAAAAGGGGGAGGGUGGGGACGAUCCAUGGCACUUCCUACAGGGACCACCACGUUACAGCAGCACACCACAAAGGGUGGGCCACUGGACCAAAGAACUGAGAUCCCCUUGGUGUGAUGUAAUCAACAAAUCCAGCAGUGUCUUUGUCCUUUUUUAACUUAUGUUUGACUUUUUUGCAUUGCACGUAUGAUUAUGUACCAUAAGACAACUACUGUGGUAAAUUACACCAUGUUUACAAUAGAUGGAUAAGAGACAUAGAUAUGACUAUUAAAUGGAAUAUUGCAUUGAA